UGUCUCUGUUUGUGGAUAGUCAUAACCACCCUUUAACAAGCCCAGGUAGAGUACAAUUUUUAAGGUCUCAUCGUGGUGUUUCAAAAGUUAGCAAAGCAUUAUCUGAUCAGUUGAGCUUGGUAAAUGUGAAGAGACAUAAACAGUUUGAAUUUUUUGGUGUUCAAGCUGGUGGGAUAGAAAAUGUUGGUUUCACACAGCGUGAUCUUUAUAAUUAUGGAAGCAGCAUUCGUGAACAAAAGAAAGGGCAUGAUGGAGAUCUAUUGUACAUGCAUUUUGAGAAUGAAAAAGAAAAAGAUCCUUCUUUUGUCUAUAGAAUGGAGUCGGAUGAGGAAAAGAAGACUAUCAUCUUUGCUUGUGGAUUCUUGAAUGACGAGACAACCGAUUCUUUUGUUUGGUUAUUCAAGGAGUUUCUAAAUGUUAUGCCUGGAAAUGCCUCGGAAAAUGCCCCUAAAAUGAUCAUAACUGACCAAGAUCCUGCUAUGUCUAAAGCCAUUUCAGAAGCACUGCCACAUACAUUUCAUAGAUAUUGCAGUUGGCACAUUCUAAAUAAAUUUUCAGAGAAGCUAGAUGCGAUUAAAUAUCUGGAUCACUACCAAGACUUUCAUAGCUGCAUUUGGAAUUCAAGUAGUGGAGAUGAGUUUGAUUCAAGGUGGAAUGAACUUAUUGAGAAGAGUGGAUUAAGUGAUAACAAGUGGCUGAAGUCGAUAUACGAAAUUCGUUCAUCAUGGAUACCGGCACAUGUAAAUCAUUGUUUCUCGGUAGGAAUGUCAAGUUCUCAAAGGGCAGAGAGUCAACAUUCUUUUUUCAAGGAUUAUGUUUCUCAGUGGAAUACGUUGGUGGAAUUUAUGGUUCAGUUUAGGAGGGGACUUCUUCACCAACGCAACCAUAAGUUAAGGGAGGAUCAUAUUAACAUUGAAGAGAAGGUAAAAACUGCAAUGUCCCUUGAUAUAGAAGAUGAUAUGGCCAAGGUCUACACACGGAAGUGCUUUUAUGAAGUUCAAGAACAGUUGAAAGAGAGCUUCAAAUAUAAACUUGAACUUCUAAGAGAAAAUGAGACUGAAUCCAUGUUUAAAGUCAUCCGAAAGAACAUCGAUACUUCUAAGUCUCGUGAAGUCAUUUACAAAAAAGGUUCUAAUUUUGCAUCAUGCAGCUGUAGGAAGUGGGAGGAGUGA